AAUGUAACCAAGUAAUAAAUUAAUGUCUGAACAACCAGCAGACGACAACAACGGCGAGGAGAACAGGGAAGUUGGGGCCGAAAACGAACGUGAUGACCUGUCAAUUAACGCUAACUGCUCAUCAAAUAGAAAACUUUCAUUUUAUUCAACCUUCUUUUCGAAGCCACCAAUACCUGAAAAUACAAGAAAUUUCAACUAUUGCACUGAAGAAAUUUUUGAAUCCCACAACUUGGAGGAAUUGAUAUUAGAGGCAAGAGGAAGACAGGAACAACUAACAACAGAAUUUUCCCAAAUUCUUUUGUUGCAGAUCACGAACGCACUACAUCUUCUUCACGAACACGGGAAAGCUCAUGGAAGUCUUGACGCAUCUGUCGUGUAUUUUGUAAAAAACAAGAAGUAUAUUAUCCUUGGAGAGCAACAUGACGACAGCAUAAACGGGACAAGUUAUGAAUUCUCCCAAGAUUCUGUAAAACGGGACAUGGUCUUCAACGCUAACUUGCACUGUUUUGUCUUAACAAAUGGAGUUCAUGAGGUUUUUAGCGAGCAAGUUACCUCAAGCGACCUCAAGUGUUUAGAUUCAGAAAUAGCGUUGGACCUAAUGCGGAAAAUGUCUGGAAAUUACGAUACCAAACAAGCACUUAAACAUCCUUUCUAUUGGACUGUUAAAAAUAAAAUUGUUUAUUUAAAUGAAUCAUGUGAAACCACACGAUGCAAAGAUAUCAAAGAUGCAAAAAAAGUGUUCAAGAACGACUCGUCGGCGAGAGUGAUCCCACUUGGCGGUUGGAUAAAAAAAUUAGACCUUACUAAACAGGAUAUGUCACGCCUUAAAAGAAGAAAAAUUAGAGGGCCUGUAAAAAUACAAAUUAUCGCAGAUUUAACCAAGCCUAAGAAAAACACGAACCGAAAAAUCAAAUUUGAAAAUACAUGCAUAUUCGAUCUUUUACGAUUUUUCCGAAAUCAUUAUGUGCAUAUGAACGAAAACGAGGAGCCCGUAAAAGAAUGCUUUGAAAAAUCUGAUGCUGGUUACUGGAACUUUUUCUCAACAAGGUUUCCCAAACUAUUUAUGCACAUUUACACAAUAAUGAUCUCAUACAAGAAGUUUAAUGUUGAGGAAAUAACAUACAACAAGCCCCUUCCAGACAGCCCCUUCGAAUAAAAGAUCAAAAUAAUUCAUUUUUUGAAUCGCAAUUAUUCGUUAACACAUCUGACAUGCAUAUAAAUAUUUAAUGAAAUCGUAAACAUCUACUAAAUCAGUUCUUCCAAACGUUUUCCAGUUCGCGGCCCACUUUUAUUGGUUCGUUUUUGUGCAAACCACAAUGAGAUAUUAGAGAUAUUAUUAUAAGAGAAAAGAAACAAUGUAUCCCAUGCUAUUUGCUAUUAAUGCGAAACUUGAGCUUUGCAAAUUGGAUAUUAUCAGAUCAAAUCUUGACUUGAUAAUAGACAGGCUCUCACAAAAAGUUUGUGAAUGCUCGGUGAUCCACCACCAGCUUCGCGACCCACUGGUUUGGAAGGACUGUAAACCAUUCUUUCAGGUUGAUCUGCCUAAUUAUGCAGUUCAUAAGCUUUGACAAAAUGAAAAAUUUUGCAAUAUGCUUUUAAAGAGUGUUUUGAAACGUAGGAUAAUAAUAUUUUUAUGAUCUAUAUAUAUAUGUAUUUGACUAUGUGGUUUCGACUUAUAAUAAAGUUUAUAAAAAUA